AGUCCAUUGAAUUUGAAAAUUCGUCAGCUUAUCGCAAAAGACAGACUCAGUAGGCUACAGCGUUCUUCGCUCCGCCAGAUGGGAACGCCUCACGCGCACAUAUGGCACAUCAUUCCACGAUCGUAUGACCUCAUUGCGCAUGCUCCAAUGACCCUAACGUGAGCUCCAGCUUGAAGAAAUCUGACCAGUGAUACUAUGGGUGGCUAGCUGUUGUUUCUCUCUCUCCUCUUUCACCUGCUGAGUGGCUGCAAUCUCGCAACGGUCCGGCUUCAUAUCUGUUAGCCCUGGUGACAUAAGGCCCUGAUCAUGGCGGAGGAGGACUAUGGCCGGUACGUGGACUGGACCCAGAUGGGCGAGGGGGCAGCUGCAGCCAGCGCCAGUCCUGUGAAAGGGGAAGUUAAGGAGAUGAAGAUGCAGGCGCGCUCGGGUGUCUGGGCCAAGAGCCACAAGCAGCGGGCGCUGGUCUACCAGCAGCUGGUGCGCGCCAUCCCCUGCCGCACGGUCACGCCGGACGCCGAGGUGUACCGUGACCUGAUGGGCGAUGGCAAGGGGAAGCAGCAGGCCUCGUCGCUCCCGCUCCCGGACUUUGUGGACGGCUCGUCGGUGCCGCGCUACUGCCUGAGGGCGGAGGGGGUGGGCGCAGUGCACGCGGUCAUCUCCUGCGUGGCGUCGCAGUUCCCCGACAUCUCCCACUGCCCGGCGCUGCCCGCCGUGGUGGCGCUGCUGCUGCACUUCAGCCCGGACGAGGCGCGCUGCUUCGAGGCGGUCAGCCGCAUGCUGUCCUGCAACGAGCCGGGCCGCCGCCUCAUGGAUCAGACCUUCCUGGCCUACGAGUCGUCCUGCAUGACCUUCGGCGACCUGGCGCACAAGUACUGCCCGGCGGCGCACAAGCUGGUGCUGGCCAUGGCCACUGACGUCCUGGAGGUGUACUCGGACUGGCAGCGCUGGGUGCUGGGCGACCUGCCCUUCGCCCAUGCGGCACGCGUGCUGGACGUCUACCUGGUGGAAGGCUACAAGGUGCUGUACCGCGUGGCGCUGGCCCUGCUCAAGUUCUAUCGGAAGCAGAAGACGGCGUCGGCAGGCCCCGGCAAGCAGCCCCCGCCUCAGCAGGAGUCGUCCGUCAUCAGGGCUGAGAUCCAGGCCUUCGUCAAGGGCAUCGGCUCCAGCAUCACCCCGGACAAGCUGAUGGAGAAGGCCUUCUCCAUCCGCCUGUUCAGCCGCAAAGAGAUCACACUGCUGCAGCUCACCAAUGAGAAGUCCCUGCAGCAGAAGGGCAUCACGGUCAAACAGAGACGGCGUAAUGUGCAGCUAGCAGUGGACGCAGACAACUUCUCCUCGGAGAUCGUCAGCGCUAAGGAGAUGAGGGAUAUCUGGUCGUGGAUCCCCGAGCGCUUUGCUCUGUGCCAGCCGGAGCUGCUGUUCACCACCUCCACGCACGGCUGCAGCCUCAACAGGUUCUACUCCCACUGUGAAGGCCAUGAGCCCACCCUGCUCCUGCUGCGCACCACAGAUGGAGAGGUGUGUGGAGCCUUUCUGUCCACUGACUGGGAGGAGCGCAAGAGAGGGGGGAAUAAGCUCAGCUUCUUUGGGACAGGAGAGUGUUUUGUCUUCAGGAUGAAGCCCGAGAUGGAGCGCUAUGAGUGGGUCGUGAUCAAACACCCUGAGCUGGCUGGGAACAUGCAGAGUUUGGACCUGCUAGACGAGGACUCUCCCUCCACUGAUGGCAACACCCUUCCCGUGGACUCCGGCCCCAAGCCCUCGGAGCGCCUCUCCCCGUUCCUCUCGGCCCGACACUUUCAUCUCAACUCCAGGAACACCUCCAUGUUCAUGGCCGGGAACUUCGACUCCAUCAUCAUUGGUGGAGGUGAGGGCAAUGCACUCUACAUUGAUGCCGAGCUGAACCACGGGCGCUCCGCCCGCUGCACCACCUUCGACAACCCCCCGCUGUGUGGCGAGAGCUUCCAGGUGGCGCUGCUGGAAGUGUGGGGCUUCCAGGACGCCAUGGCUGGCUGACCGCACACUCACACAUGCAUGCAUAUCCGCAGAGGAGCCACUCAAGAUGGGUUGUGUCAAUUAUGGGUUUAUCAGGCCUCUGGAAGUGUUAGCAUUGUAGUUGUCGCUUCCAGCCAAUCCGUCCAAUAUCAACAAAGUCUAUAUCAGUGUUUUGUUUUGUUUUUUAUUUAUUUAAGGAAAUAAGCAGCAUACUCAUAUUAUUUACUUUUGUCAUUAUCAAUGUAUUUUCUAACUCUUAUCUGUUGUCACAUAGGUCACACUAGCCUUACUGUUAAUGGAAAGAAGUGAAAGAUUUAUUUGACAGUACUUAAGGCCAAUCAGCACAAUACCACCAUGUCAUUUAAGCAUACGAACUCUUUUGAUCCUGUGAGGGAAAUUGAUUUGGCUGUAUUGCCCUUUUCUUUCAUAUAGUGCAUACACUAAGGCAAGUGUGAGACUGUGUUGGCAGAGCAGAGAGGGCUCGUAAUGGGGCUUGGUGAUCACAUAUCUUUAUCAUUAUCACAACAUGGAAUCCGUCCUGUAUCCUCAGUAUCUUUCCUAUGGUAUCAGUCUCCCCUGAUCACAAAAACUGUCACGUGGCAUUCACUUUUGUUGGAAGAGAAAAGGCAAUGUUCUUAGUUCACCUCUAUUUCAGAAUGUUAAUCUAAUAAGCUUCACUUCCUCUGCCAGCUUUUUACAAAUGGGUUGUUCUCUAAAAGUGUAAAUGGGUAGGUGUUCUCGGAAAUGCUUCUCUUGUUUAUCUGCUCUGUUCUUCCACCUAUUGUGGUGGUUGGUAUCAAAUGAUCAACAUAACACAAGGUCACUUUACCCUGAGUUUUGAAGCUCACACCGUCCAAUGUGGUAAUCACACUUAUCAGGGGAUGACAACCGAAAAGCUUUACAGUGCCACAGUCAUAACGUGAUUGAAAGUAUUAUUUAAGCUCUCUUUAGGAUGCUUCUUUCUGAUUUGAUGAGCUUAUAAGUCCUGGUCCCUUGUUUGUCGUAGUUUUACAUUUAAAAUUGCUAUGUAGAUUUGUUCAAAUGUAUUAUUUUCUUAUUUCAUUUUUUUUUUACUGUCUCAUGGUUCACCUGAGUCUAAGAUUCUGAGUUGUUGUUGGUGAAGACUUCCACUGUGAAGGUAGACCCUGUAGGCAUAUCUGUGGCUGUAUAGUAUUGAGAUGAUCAGCGAAUUCUGAGUUUGCUCCAUCCAGCUUCUCUCUUAUGUGCAUAUCAACCCAGCCAGUGUUGCACAUUCCGCCAUUGUGGUGACUGGCCACCAAAGGCCAUCGUGUUUAUAUUCUUGCUGUGUGUUUUUCCAACUGCCCCCUGGGUGCUAUAAGUUCUCUGCACAUAGUGUCUUGUUAACAUAAUGAAGCUCUUCUCUGUGAAGCUAUCCAUCAGGUUUGUUGUUUGUGUUUGUGUGUGUGGAUGGUGUUUGUGUGUUUAUUCAGUAAGAGGGAUAUAGCUGGC